GGCGCGAGCCUUCUUUCUAAGUGCGCGAGUGCGAGGCGGUCCGCCCGAACAUUUGGCUGGAGCUAAUGUGUUUUUUCCAACUCCGUCCAUUUCAUCCCUUUAAUUUUUAUUUGGUAAAAUCUGGGGUAUUAUUAAAGUUUUUUAUUUUAUUUUGCGCGAGGUUUUCAGAGAGAAGACGCCACCAAAUCAAUAAACAGCAGUCAAGCAGUGAGACCUACUUUGAGAGGCGGAGCUCGUGUCUGCUCGAUUCGGCGAGGCGCGUUCGUAAUGAAAGGAGCGCGUGAGCAGAGCUCGCGGUGACUUCCUCGCGCAUCGGCAGCUACAUUGUGUGUGAGGCGGCACGUUGUUGUCUUCUCCACGCUGAACCACGCAGCGAAUUCAGCUUCUUCGCGGACAGUGAAAGACGCGGGCUGCUUCCCAGACGCCUCUACGUUACUCCGGCCUGCAGAAACAUGUCUGCCUCGGCGGCGAAAGCCAGUAAAAAGGAGCUGAACUCGAACCAUGACGGAGCGGACGAGACCUCCGAGAAAGAGCAGCAAGAAGCUAUUGAACACAUCGACGAAGUUCAAAAUGAAAUCGACAGGUUGAAUGAGCAGGCCAGCGAAGAGAUUCUGAAAGUAGAACAGAAGUACAACAAACUCCGUCAGCCAUUCUUUCAGAAAAGGUCAGAACUGAUCGCCAAAAUCCCAAACUUCUGGGUCACCACAUUUGUCAACCAUCCACAAGUAUCUGCCCUGCUCGGGGAGGAAGAUGAGGAAGCGCUUCAUUACCUGAGCAGAGUGGAGGUGACGGAGUUUGAAGACAUCAAGUCAGGCUACAGAAUAGAUUUUUAUUUUGAUGAAAACCCAUACUUUGAAAACAAAGUCCUUUCCAAAGAAUUUCAUCUGAAUGAGAGCGGAGACCCGUCUUCAAAGUCGACAGAAAUCAAAUGGAAGUCAGGAAAGGACCUGACCAAGCGUUCCAGUCAGACACAGAACAAAGCCGGCAGGAAGAGGCAACACGAAGAACCCGAGAGCUUCUUCACCUGGUUCACCGAUCACGCGGAUGCUGGCGCCGACGAGCUCGGGGAGGUCAUCAAGGACGACAUCUGGCCGAACCCUCUGCAGUACUACUUGGUUCCUGAUAUGGAUGAUGAGGAGGGUGAAGGGGAGGAAGAAGAGGAGGAUGAGGAAGGUCUGGAGGACAUAGAUGAAGAAGGAGAUGAAGAUGGAGAGGAGGACGAAGAGGAUGAUGGAGAAGAUGGGGAGGAUGAUGAAGGGGAAGACGACUGAGAAGCGCCGCCUGUCAAGACCCUCUUUUUUUCCCCAGUUGUACUCGGGAGCAAUUUUUUUUUUUUAAUUUUAUAUUCGUUGGUGCUUCACUUUCCACUCUGAAGCGUCAUCAAUAAUUGGUGCCAUGUUAUGUUUUCCUUUUAUUCAUCGAAGGCCUGUGGCACAAUGCCCUGAAUUGUGAGUACAAUACCCGACUUGAUCUAAAAACAAAAAAAUAAAGCCUAAAACAGAAUGGGUUCAGCAUCCUGAGUAGAGUUUCAAGACGAUUCUGUGUCGGUCUUGUCUGGUAAAUCAACUCGAGCUGUGGUGUAGUGAUCUAGCACUAGCAGACCUCUAUUCCUUUUUGUUUCUUCUUCAGUGGGACGCUGUGUCCUCGUAUUUCUCCCCGUGUGGUUUGACAGUACCAGCUCAUUCCUUUUAUUUGUCAUGUUCAGGGGGGGGGAUCAGUUGGGGAGGGGCAAGAGUAAUUGGGGAGAGUGGUUAUUUUGACACCAUGGGAUUUUUGUUUCUUCUUCAUUGUAUUGUUUUACAGAUAUCCACCAGAUUUGAAAUGACAUUUUUAAUAAAGAACAAAACUGAACAAAA